AUGGCUAGUCAAAUCUCGCAGCAAAUUGCAUUCCGUGCACAAAAGUCGCUUGGUCUGAUCGGCGGCACCCCCGACUAUAGACCCGUAGCUGGAUUUGCCGAUACAGAGGUUACCGCUCGCACUUACCACUAUAGCGCAGACGGCAGGCUCUACGCCUACGCCUUACCGAGCGCAGUUCGCAUCUUUCAGGCAGAGAGUGCCCAGUUUCUUCGAGAGCUUCAAGUACCCAACGUAGUCGACAUCCAGUUCUCCCCGAGGGGGACCUACAUGUCGACCUGGGAGCGGCCGGUCAAGUUCGAAGACGGCUCCCAGCACAAAAACCUUCGCAUCUUCUCCGUAUCCACCGGCGAAGAACUCAUUGCGUUCUCCCAAAAGUCACAGGACAACUGGGAUCUGCAGUAUACGAUCUCGGAGUCCCAUGCGAUCAGACUUGUCGGACAAGAGGUGCAGGUCUUCAGACCCGCGGAAUGGUCGAAGGGGAUUGUGGAUAAAUUGAAAGUGGAGGGUGCGACGAGCGUGUCGUUGAGCCCCGGACUUAACCCGUCCCUGGCGGUAUUUGUGGCCGAGAAAAAGGGCGCCCCAGCGAACAUCAAAAUAUACGGUCUUCUCUCCCUCAAUUCACCGCCCACAUGUCAGAAAACCUUCUUCAAAGCCGAUCGAUCGCAGAUCAAGUGGAACACCUUGGGCACGCAGGUACUCUUGCUAACCCAGACGGAAGUAGACAACUCGAACAAAAGCUACUAUGGCGAGACCAUGCUGUACUUGCUCAGUGCCGCAGGGAACUUCGAUUGCAGGGUCACGCUUGACAAGGAAGGCCCUAUCCAUGACUUCGCUUGGAGCCCCAAUUCCAAGGAGUUCGGUGUUGUUUACGGGUUCAUGCCCGCGAAAACGAUGAUCUUCGACCAGCGCGUCCGAUCGUUGCACGACUUUGGCGCUGCGCCAGUCAACUUCGUGUCGUUCAAUCCUCAAGGUCGUCUCAUCGCCCUCGCUGGGUUCGGUAAUCUUGCUGGGAAGAUCGACAUUUUUGAUCGCCGAUCCCUCACCAAAGUCUGCACCGUCGACGCGCCCAACACUUCCCACUGUGAAUGGUCUCCCGAUGGAAGAUUCCUACUUACGGCGACGCUUUCCCCGCGUCUUCGCGUCGACAACGGGCUCAAAGUGUGGCACUGCAGCGGUCCGCUCGUGCACUUCCAGGCCGUGGAGGAGUUGUAUCAGGCUUCGUGGAGGCCGACGCCUGUUGAUGUCGCUCCGCAAUUCCCGCCUGCCAUCCCGCCUGCCCCCGAGCCCAGCGAGAGCGUGAAAGGGAUCGCGGCCGUUUCGAAGCCCACCCCAUCGAAGCCCGCUGGAGCGUACCGACCACCGGGUGCCAGAGGCUCCGCUACGCCUUCUAUUUAUAAGAGAGAAGACGAGGGCGGCGCACCGAGCGGGACUUCGACGCCGUCGAGAGGGUAUAACAGGAGCCCUGUCCCUGGUGCACCUGUGAACGGGUAUGUGAACGGACAGAAUGGGGAUAGGCAGCAACGGAAUGGGAGAAGGCACGUACCUGGUGCGCCCCACAGCCCGAGCCCUGGACCGGACGGCGACAAAGCGAAGAACAGGAAGAAGAAAGCUGCUAAGAAGGAAGGAGGGGAAGAGCAAGGACAAGGGCAAGGAGGAGAGAGGGCAAGGAGGGAAGGUGGGCAAGGACAAGGAGAGGGUCAGGGGGCGAAAGGUGGGCAGAAAGGGAACGGGAAUAGGACGCCCAAGGUCAACGGGAAGGUCCCUGCUGCUGUUGCUGUCGCACCUCCACCGCCUACUCUUUCCGUGGAGACGGAUAUUUUGCCCACCACACCUGGGCUUGAUAGUGCCCUUGAUCCUACCGCCAAGAAGAUUCGUAAUCUUACGAAGAAGCUCAAGGCCAUCGAGGAGCUCAAAGAAAAGGCCAAACGCGGCGAACGUUUGGAAGUCACCCAGCUCAAGAAGAUCGAUGCGGAAGCUGAGAUCAGACAAGAGCUCACCAGCUUGGGCGCUGCUUAG